AUGAGUUGUACGUGCUUUGUAGCGUUGCUGGCAGCUCUAACAUUAAAGUCGUCUAGGCAAGUGGAAGGCACAAUUCCCGAACAAUUCCUUGCUUUCAGUCAAGAUGACUCGAAAAUAGGCUUUGCGUACAUCGACAGAUACCCUACAGCUUCUGUGACUGGGAUGAAUCCUUUGGAAGAUGUGUCGGCUACCCAACUGGAUUAUGAUGCGUUUUCUCAAGAGUUACUCUGGGCUGAUACGAACAAAGGUGUCAUAUCUGUGGACAUGAUCCAGGGCGGUCACAGACGUAAUAUCGCAGAGGGUUUCGCGGAGUUGAGUGCGAUUGCGGUAGACUGGGUGAGCAGGCUGAUCUACUUCAGUGAUCACUUAGAAGAAAUUUUGGGAGUGGCAAGGUUAGAUGGUCGAUACAUCAAGACACUACAAGAAAGUGUGGCUGUUUCUUCCAUUGCUUUGGAUCCAGAAAAUGGAAUUAUGUACUGGACAGACGAAAAACUCAUCAGCAGCAAUGACAAAGCAAGAAUAGUAAGAUCAUAUAUGAACGGUCAUAUGCAGCCACCUCCCUUUCAGACAUUUGAUGACACGACCAAAGUCAGAGGUCUAGCACUACAGAAUUCAAACACAGUGUACUGGGCACAAUACUACUCGUCAUUUCUUUCUUCUGGUUGGACGAUCAAGAGAAAAGAUACUUCUAGUAUUUUGGCAACGACAGUGACUACUCUAACAGAAAACACGUUCUAUCAAAUGGUUUUACACUCUGGUUUCUUGUACUGGGUUGAUGGUACAACAAGUGUCACGACAGUGGAAUCUUCUGGGAUCGAUGAACAGAGUGCUAACUUUUAUACGUCAGUAGCAGCACUGACAGGUGUUAUGGUGUACAACUCAACUCGUCAAGGAGGUUCAAACACGUGUUCGUCGUCUAGUAAUUGCGGUCAACUAUGCCUCCCAACACCCAACUACCGAGUCUGCGCCUGCGCUUACGGCAAUUUACAGGCAAAUGGAAGCUGUGAAGCGCCUGAAGACUACCUUAUGGUGACAACCGAUACCGUUAUUCGGGCUUUCGACACAAAUAUUACCAAAGACAGACUGAAUGACGUCACGGCACCGCGCAUGAUUGGAAGUGGCGCGGAAACCCUCGAAUACGAUCAGAACACAGACACCAUUUUGUAUUGCGAUCACAUGUUAGGCAACCUAGUUGGACUGGAACCGGACGGGAGCUCGAGAACGCUUAUUAGAUGGAUGGGAACACGAGUGCGCGGACUAGCAGUGGACUGGAGCAGCGACCUCAUAUAUUACACCGACGAGGAGACGCAGUCUAUUAACGUGGUGAGCAGAGAUGGAAAGAAAAGAGCAAUAAUAUUGGACUUGAACGGGUCAAGCUCUCCGACAGAGAUAGUUGUAGAUCCAGAGUCUAAGAUGAUGUUUUGGCUCGAGUCGUACUUGUUAGUUCACAGAAUCGACAAGUCUCCCAUGACGGGAAUACAGUCGAGUGACCCUGUUUUUCCCAAAUCGUUUGCAGUCUCGACAAGUGUCAAUGCGCUGGCGUUCAGCACGCACAGCAAGAGAUUGUUUUGGACGUCUACAAAUAACUACCUAGUCACAGAGACUUUUACGAUCGAGUCUUGUGAUCAAGCAGGAAACAAUGUUAUAGUGCACGCCGAUGGAUCCGACAGCAUUGCAAUUCCUUUUGGAGAGGUCAAAGUCUGUUAG